UGGGGAAUUAUUUACAGCUACAAACACAUACCACUGCAACCGGCACGUUCUGAAUUUUCCACAACAAGGCUGGACUCUGGAUUUUGUUCCAUAGUUACUAAAGAAAUGUGGUUUGAAGAUUCGUUUGGCUGCAGCACUAUUUGAAAAGUCUUCGUUUCGCGGGGAAGUUGAUAUCGUUUUAAUGUCCAUAACUAAGGGACCUGUCAAUGUUCAUAAGAAGGGGUUAACUUCAGCAGUUUAUGAUAUUCAUGGACGCUGUAUAGUUACUGGUGGAUCAGAUGGGAAAAUCAAAGUCUUUGAGUCGCUUGAUGACGCUUGCCCUGUUGAACACAUCGUUGGAGAAAAAAUCAAUGCUAUUGCUUGCCGAUAUGAAAACGUCAUUGUUGCUACUGAGGGAACUUACGUCCACAUUCUUCAGAUGGAAGAUGGUCUUCCUGACGGUGUAGCUACCCGCUUUACUGCAGAAGUCAAUCAUUUAGCUAUGAACAAAGACCUUAGUAAGAUAGCUUUGUGCAGUAGUGAUUUCUCGGUCAAGGUUGUAGAUCUUUCGGGCCAUGAUAGCGACCGGGAAUUGGUUUUCAAUGGACAUCAAGGAGCUGUCCUGAGUGUGGCUUUUGACCCUCUCGAUGUAUUUAUAGCUUCUGCUUCAUGUGAUGGUAGUGUCCGUCUCUGGGAUCUAGUGAUUGGGAAGGAAACAAAGUGUAUUUCUACGCUUGUGAAAUGCAACGAUCCUCUCUUUGCUCCAAGUUACUGUAGAUUAUGCUGGGAGAGCACAGUUGGGAAGUUUUUACUUGUGCCGGUUGAUAAAGAAAUCAGAAUGUUUGAACGAGUGUGUUGGAGUUUACUUUGCUCCCUAUCCUGCCCUUCAGUCACUCAAGCAUACAAUAUAUGCGCUUCUUCACGGGAUGGCAACCUUAUUUCAGCUGGGUCUUUAGAUGGGUGGAUUAUUGUUUGGCGUGUUGAAGACAGACAACCAAUUCAUCGUAUUCGUGAUCCGUCUCAUAGUCGGAUUUGUAGCUUAUUUUGGCAUCCUCUCGACAAAAAUCUCCUAUUCGCAAACGAAAAUGGAUCUGUGGGACUUGUCCACGCUCCAGACCACCAGCCUUCUAGAGAUCCAUUAUCUCCGAAUAGAAUAGCUCAGUUAAUGGGUUGUGAUGAAGAUGGUGAUACUGCAGAUCUCUUAAGUGUGGCUGCAGCUCAGGCGGAAUCUAGCAGACUUUUAACUGACGACAAUGUCAUCCCCCACUCAAACGAGGAUGAUAGUAGUUCUGAUUCCAUUGAUUUAUCUCGAAUCAAAUCUGAUUACAUGUCACUCAAUGAUGAAGCUGAGGAGAAACAAGCUCCUACAGAAGUAGAAAUCAAAGCGACUGUUCCUAUUAUAGAAGAUAAUAUUUGCCCAAAAAAGGAUAACGUCACAACCCAAUCUUUGCAGAAGGCUUUCCAGUCAGGUGCAACACCACUUGGUUUUCGCGAACGCUUCAUGGUAUGGAAUAGAAUCGGUAUCGUGACACAGUUCAGGGACACAGGUGAAUAUCAGGCAGAGGAUGAUGCUUCAAAUCAGUCUUCUGGAGGGAGUAUAGAAGUAGAAUUUCAUGAUAAUAGUUUACAUCAUAGUUUGCGGUUAUCCAAUAGUUCGGGCUAUUCUAUGGCAGAUCUAAGUCUAACUGCCUUGUUGCUAGCAUCUAAAGGUUCAGACGACCCCAAUCUGGAUGAUUUGAAUGAUGAUGCGCAAAAUGAAUUAUAUGACCUUAGUCGCAUCGCCAUAUUACCACUCGAUGUUGGCAGUUCAAACAUCGGAGAUACCUCUGCAGAAUGGACUACAACUCUUCCACCUGGCGAAUUAUGUGAUGCAGUAUGCUUAGUUACUGAAGAGGGUAAUGAUAGGACUGAAAGUCCUGGUUAUGCUGUUGUCGCUACCUCAAAGCGCUUGCUGCGCAUUUUUACUCAACCUUCCCCUUCUUCAUCCGUGGCUCAUUCGAAUAAUUUACAUCUGCUUCAGAUAAAUAAGCUAGGUUUGCCACCCAUUAGUCUCUCUGGUCACCACACUGUUGUCUUAGCAAGUCAUCCUAGUAAUCCUAUUUUGGCUGUGGUAACUUGUAAUGUAGUUGGAGAAUUAGAAUGGAGAGUGUUUUACUUGGGAGGAAUUAUGCUCGGAUCCAACCGGACUGCAGCUCCAUUAUGGAUGAAAAGUUCCUUAUCUAUCUGGCAACAUUUGCCACUUAGUCCUCCGUUAAAACAUAAUACCUCCCUUGACACUUCAGUAGUUCGCUUAACUUGGUUUGGGUUCUCUGAUAUUGGAGGAUUGUUUACAUAUGACUCUAAUGGAGUCGUACGACGACUUAUUCAUGGCCGUUCCCAAAGACACCCUGAAUUUCAUUGGGUUCCUAUAUGUGAUACAAGAAGUUUAUUAAAGCAAAGCAAUAGGCGAACAGAUAAUUAUUUCGUUGUUGGUGUCCUAGAAUCUUAUGAAUCCGUAGAAAAUUUGUCUUCUGAAAAUAAGAAUGAUUUGAAAUCCAAUGUCGUUGGGUUUGGUCAACUUCAAGCAAUUUACUGCAAAGCCUCAAAAUGGCCAAGAGUUUUUCCACGACCUGUGGUGUCAAAUAUACCCUUCCGUUUACCUUUAUGUUCAAUGACUACUGAUCAAAGUGAUUUGGAAGAAAAUUAUCUUCAGUGUUUAAUCAGUGAGGACUGGCCUAUCUGGGGUCCGAAUACCACUGAUGCAAAUGAGGAUAUAUUGUCACAUUUGUUAUCAUUAAAUACAAAGUCGCUGACUAAGCGCAAGGCAGUUCUGUUACGUCUUUUCGCUCUGGCAGCAAAACUCGAAUCUGACUGGGCUAGCCUCGCAAUCGCUAAUAUGAUGCCAGAUGCAGCGACUGUUCAGCUUGCUAUUAGAUACGCUGGUCGGCUAAGGCGUCAAAACCUCGCACACCGUUUAGCAGGAGUCGCUUUGCAAAAAGAACGCCGUGUAUCAGAAACUGUUGAAGUUGAUGAUUGGGAUGAUAUACCACAGAGUUCAACAUUUAAAGGGAAAUAUAAUAGAGAUCCUACUACGUUCUCAGGUCAUUCCCCGUCAAACAACCGUAUUCAUUCUCCUUCAAAGACUUCAAGACCUACAAAUGAUUCAGAUUAUCAUGAUGUGGCGGAUACUUCGCUUGUUAGUUCAGGAACCGAUGAUGGUCAUACCGAUGUUUCCAUUAAUAAUCUACCUCUAGCAGAUUCCGAGUCUCUGUCUCAUUCUGUGUUGACUCCCUCUUCACGAAAUCCAUUCAAAUCUUCUCAUGAUCCGAAAGAAAUCACACCCCGUUCAAUCGCUCAUGGAACUGAACUCUUAGAUGUUUGGACACCUAAGACGACUGCUACAAACACCAAAGUUUCUCAGAAGCCUAAUGUCAACAAAACUCAAAACAACAAAAAGCGUUCACUCGCCUCAUGUCAACGAUCUAAAUUACCGAAAAUGAAAUCUGUUACUAUAGCAGAGUAAGUUUUUUUCCACACUCAUAUGACUUCCUAUGGUUAUUUUAAAUUUUCAUAUUUAAUCGUUUCUUAUUAUUUAAUUCAAACAUUUUGGUAGCGUUGAUCAAGAAUUCACUGAUUGGUUUGAAGAAAAUCGAGAUACUUUGGAGGAAAGUUAUCCAGAAGUGUCAGUUGAGGAGCUUGUUCGCAUUGGACAGUCUGAAUAUCGUUCCAUAAAAAGUCAAAAAGACGGUGUUUUUGAUGGAAAAGAUAAGAAAAACCUACUACAAAAUAAUGUCAAACGUCCAUUAAGUGAAAAUGAUGAUUUAAUUCAAUGCAACUCCAGUGCUGCAAAGAGAAGACUAUCUGAAUUUGAGAAUGAUGUAUCUAAAAGAAUAUCGUCAUUCGCAUUCUGUCAGAAUUCUUCAAAAUAAUAAAGAUAACAUAUCUAAUUUCAAUUAAAUUAUGUGGCGUCACAUUUGUAUAUUAUGUUUAAACCGGUUUAUUGUAUCAAUUGUUAUAGAGCAAUUUCUUCCUUUAAAAGGUGUAGUUUGUACUAUCAAACCCAUCUCAUAUCUCUAAAUUAUUUUGUUUCAUAAAUUUUUUGUAUACAUUUUUUUACUAGAAAAUGUAAUGCUUACCUUUGCUUAAAUUUGUAUCAUAUAAACUACCAUGAAAUACUGUUAUGAAUUUUCCUAUCAUCUGAUCUUCAAUUUCUGUACACAGUGUUUAUUUAGGUUUAGCACUCAGAGUAAAUCAAUUCUACAAGAAGUGUUACAAACACCUCUAGCUUUUAGCUGUUUCACUCUAUUUUUCCACUAUCAAAUUUCGUCUCCAAUAACUUGUGAUUGUUUCUGGGUAUGUGAAAUGCUUAACUAUUCCAAAAAGUGAGAAAUCGAAGCUUCAGUUCUAAGAAGUAGUGACAUUUGAACUCGUUUUUAAAGAGUACUUACUUCAAAACGUAAUCUUCAGUCGUCGGAAAUUUUGUUUAGUUCUAUUUAAUGGAUCGUAGACUUUUUUCGAUGUGUUAAAUAUAUAAUCAUGGCUGGCAUUCGAUUCGCAACAAAAUGUGACUAUCAGAAUUAUGUAGUUAGCAAUAGACAUUCCAUUGAGAGACAACACAGUUUUAGGUUAUGAGUACUAAUGACAAAUACGAAGCACUAGUUUCUGCCUGG